AUGGCACAAACUUACACCAUUUUCUGCAUGGGUAACCCCUUGCUGGACAUGCAAGUCAGCAAGGGCGAAGCCAUGCUCGAGAAGUAUAAGCUCAAGGCCAAUGAUGCAAUUUUGGCUGGAGAGGAGCAUAUGUCUAUCUACGAAGAAAUCAAAGAGAAGUAUGAGAUCACCUAUGUUGCCGGUGGAGCUGCCCAAAACGCUGCACGAGCAGCUGCCUACGUUCUCCCACCCAACUCGGUAGUGUACGCGGGAUGCGUCGGCUCGGAUGACCUCGCAGAACAACUCCGGGCUGCAAACUCCAAAGAAGGUGUUGCGUCCGCGUAUCAAGUCAAGCAGGGCGAAAAGACCGGGGCCUGCGCCGUCAUCCUUACUGGCCAUCAUCGCUCGUUGGUGACUACCCUCCGAGCGGCCGAGAUGUUUGACAAGAGCCACUUGUCGAGCCCAGAGGUCGCCCCAUUGGUUGAUGGUGCCCAAUUCUACUAUGUUGGUGGAUUCUUUUUGACGCAUGGUGUCGAGAGCGCAUUGGAAGUUGCCAAGAAGGCUGCUGCGGCCGGAAAGACAUUCGCGCUUAACCUCUCUGCGCCUUUUAUCUGUCAAUUCUUCGGAGUCCAACUUGGUCAAGUUCUUCCUUAUGUUGACAUCCUGAUCGGAAACGAGGACGAGGCUACAGUGUGGGCUACCGCCAACGGUCUUGCAUCUGAUACAUCCUUGAAAGAUAUCGCCAAGACCCUGGCCAAUUUGCCCAAGCACAAUCCAUCCCGCCAACGCACCGUUGUUAUCACCGGUGGACCAAACCCGACUAUUGUCGCCAAGUCGGGUCAGGGUGAGGAGCCCAAGUCUUACCCCACAUAUCGACUAGCUGAUGAUGAGGUCGUCGAUACCAAUGGCGCUGGAGACAUGUUUGCGGGAGGAUUCCUCGGCGCGAUCGCCGCCGGCAAGUCGAUUGACGAGGCUGUCGAGGUUGGUCACAAAUGGGCGUCAUGUGUGUUAAGACCGUUGGAUGGCGUAGAUUGGACCACAACUCCAGUUCCCUAA